AAUUGGGUUGGAGUAUGUACAGAGGAAAGUGAAAUGGAGAAGCAUUUCAUGGACCUCAAAUUUCAUUUUGUAUUACAUUCUUUACAAGAUAUUUUAUAAUGAGUUUUCAAUACAAUUCUGUUGCAUGGCAAAGAAGAUCGCAAUAUUUCUAAUUAUUUUAACAAGUGGGUGAGACACAAUAUUGCUCAUGCCUUGUGUCAUUUUCUUUCCUACUUCUCUUUAUCAAGCCUGAAUGCAAGCUCCAUGCCAAUACAAGGUUUACCACAGAAGUGCAGUAUAUUCACAGACUGAUGCACAGAUGGAAGUCAAGAAGCAAGAAACUAGAAUGUAUCAAGAGACAUUUGGAGGAGAGAGAGAAAGUGGCUUAUUAUCCACCUCAGAUAUCUGGGUAUGAGAUAGACCUUGUAGAGUUUUCUCUAAUUGUAGCACAACAGGGUGGACUCAAGACCAUCACAAGUAAUAAAAGAUGGAAUAAAGUAGCAGAUCUUCUUCAUAUCCCCAAACCACUACAAAGCAGAGUGAAAUUAGAUAGUAUCUACUGCAAGUUUCUUCUCAGCUUUGAUAAUCUUUCCAAAGAAGAAAAACAGAGGCUAGAAAUGGAGACAGAAUUUCUCAGAAAACAGCAAGGUGCAUCAAGGCUUAGAUCACAUGACCAUGAGUUCAAUAGUUUUGAAGAGGUCAUUUGCAAGGGUCGACCUACUACUUUGUCAGCAUACAGUCGUAUGGCUAGUCUUACACAACAAAUGCUUUACAAGAAGCCUAACCCUUUAUUGGGCAAUGUUGAAGUAAGUAUUUUCAUUUUGUUUCACAAGUUAACUUACAGUAUAAAGUGGCUGUCAUACUAUUUUACAAUGGAAUGUAAAAAUAUUGAGGUAGGAUAAAGUAUAGAUUUGUAGAAAAAGAGCCCAGAAUAUUUUUCCAGUUCUAUAAGUCUCUUUGCAAAUACUGUAGUUAAACAUUUUUGUGGACAACACAAAAGUGAGUUGUGAAGAAGAGAUGGGAUAAUUUGCAUAUUCUGUCUUCUGGAAAGCAUGAAUCUGAUAAAUUAGUUGAAAUAGAUGCAGAAUAUUAAGUAAAGGGCUGGUACCUUAACCCAUGAUCAUACAGUGCAUCCCAGAAAAAAAGAAACCUUCAUUCAAUGUAAUUUUUGCCAUCAUUAUCAUUUCAUGAGAUCAUGGAGGUAAAAAUAAUGGAGAGACAACACUGUGCAAAUAACUUUCACCUCCUAAAGAAGUACUAAACAAUACACAGGACAGGUGCACUGUAGCCUUUGGUGGGGACAUAUGAUGCCUCCAGAUUAAUGCGAAAACUCAGAAGUGAUCUGUGUUGAAAAUAGAUAACUGGGAUACUGCCAUUUCUAUUUGAGCACAAAACAUUUAAAUUGAACACAUGAUAUUGUGCCUUGAAAUUGGGCGAAAUAUUGAAUGAAACAUUUUUAAAAUGUGAUGAAACAUAAUGAUAUUUAAAGUCAGCAUUUAACAAAUUCCCACAACUUGCACAAUAUCAAAUAAUUAUGAACAGUUUGUUGGCAUAUAUUAAUUUGUGAUGCUGUAUGCCAGAGCUGCGUCCGAUGCGGCCAGUCAAGUAAUUUCAAAUCAUAUUUCAAGAAAUAUUGCAGCAUUUAUUGAAUCU